GCUGACAGUCAGGAAGAAAGAUGGCGAUCUUCAGUGUAUAUGUUGUCAACAAGGCCGGUGGACUCAUCUACCAGUACGAUAACUAUGUACCUCGAACUGAAGUUGAAAAAACAUUCAGCUUUCCGCUUGAUUUAGUUUUAAAGAUUUACGAUGAGAAGUUAGUUGUGUCGUUCGGACAGCGGGACGGGAUCAGAGUGGGUCAUGCGGUUCUGUCCAUUAACGGGGUGGAUGUGAAUGGUAAAUACACGGCUGAAGGGAAGGAUAUAUUGGAGUAUCUGAAAGAUCCUGCCAACUAUCCAGUGUCCAUCAAAUUCGGGCGACCUCGCCUUACCUCCAACGAGAAACUCAUGCUGGCCUCAAUGUUUCACUCGCUGUUUGCCAUUGGAUCACAGUUAUCACCUGAAGUCGGCAGCUCUGGUAUUGAAAUGCUGGAGACAGAUGUGUUUAAACUGCACUGCUUUCAAACCCUCACAGGUAUAAAGUUUAUUGUAUUGGCAGACCCUCGACAGUCUGGGAUUGAUGCCCUCCUAAGAAAGAUUUAUGAGAUCUACUCAGACUUUGCACUGAAGAAUCCUUUCUACUCUUUAGAAAUGCCCAUCAGAUGUGAGCUUUUUGACCAAAAUCUAAAGAGUGCCCUUGAAAUAGCAGAGAAAGCUGGGACAUUUGGACCCGGGUCUUGAACUGGACUUGCACUGUGUAUUUUCAUCCAUCUGACAGGAUCCAACUUGUCCAGACAAAUGAGAUAAGGAUUUCCUUUUCAACUUUUUAAGCAAUACAAACAGUUUUCCUCAAGCUCAAACAACUGAAGAUAGUUUAAGACCACUAUGUUCUGUUAAUUUACAUUUUCCUUGAAACGAAGUCCCAAAUUUACAGUAAGAAACACACAACUUUUGUAAAUAAUGUCCAUGGACACAGUUAAGUUUGUAAUGUGCAGAACAUCUCGCAGCUCAUGAUGCUCAAUACAUGUCAUUGAAACAUGUUUAUUAACGUCUUUCUAAAUGUAAUGAAAUUUCCAUAUCGUUUGCUUUCUGUCAGGAGAUUCUGAAAAGUGUACUGUACCUUGGA